GUGGAUUAUAGACAGAGGUACGAGACACACCCCGGUAGUGCUGGAGGACGAACAAUAAGUGCUCCUCAGACCAAGGUCAUGGCAGAAGAAGAGUUACCGGGGGUUUUGAUUCUGGAUAUAGGAGGAGCUCAUGGUGUGCUAGAAAACCUUGCAGCACUUCUGAAGAAACACUUUUGCCUUAUCACCAUGAAGGAAUUUCUUCAAAACAAAAAAGAAAUGAGCAAAAAAAUCCAAUCUAUUUUCGUGUUUGAGUGCAGGCCGAUUAUUGACCGAGAGCUUCUAGAAAGCCUGCCUAAUUUAAAGGUAAUUGGAAACUCUGGGGUUGGAGUCGAUCACUUAGACUUGAAAAUGAUUUCUAGCUUUGGGGUAAAAGUGACCAACACCCCACACGCCGUGGCGGACCCAACAGCAGACAUAGGAAUGGCCUUGAUGCUGGCCUCUGCCAGAAGACUAGUGGAAGGCUGCCAGAUUGCAGUUUCUCCAGACACGAAGUAUUUUGGGGUUGACUGGCUGGGAGUGGAAGUAACCAGAGCGACGCUUGGGAUCGUCGGGAUGGGCAGCAUUGGUUAUAGAGUGGCUCAGAGAGCCAGAGCCUUCGAUAUGAGGAUCCUGUACCAUAACAGGAACCGGAGAAGAAAGGAGGAAGAAGAGGCAGUUGGUGCCCACUACUGUGAGAAGAUGGAAGACUUGCUGCAGCAAUCUGACUUCGUUAUGGUGGUUGUGAACUUGACUCCUGAGACUCACAAACUGAUUGGGAAAAAGGAGCUUGGGCUGAUGAAACCCACGGCUACUCUUAUAAACAUCAGCCGAGGUGCAGUUAUUGAUCAAGAUGCAUUGGUAGAAGCUCUCCAGAAUAAGGUUAUUAGGGCUGCUGCUCUGGACGUGACGUACCCUGAGCCUCUGCCAAGAGAUCAUCCUUUGUUAAAAUUAAAUAACAUCAUCAUAACCCCUCACAUUGGAACUGCAACAGUCCAAGCUAUCCGUAUGAUGGCAGAAGAAGCAAUAACAAAUAUGCUGGCUGUUCUUAAUGGCCAGCCCAUUCCAAGUGAAGUGUUUCCCAAAUGAUGUGUGCCAGAUGAUAUCAGUAAAUCUCAUAUGUGUGGGAAGGCACUAUUUCUUACAGUACCACUUUU